AUGGCGACGGCGAUGAGGGUGAUGGUUAAGCCACUCUUACUGUCGAUCGCAUUCCACUUAUGGAGGCCUCUGGGUCAGGUGAUUACAGAAGCUGCUAAGAAGUUACCCUCUGCGUCGUUUUCUGCAUAUUACAAAGGUGGAUUUGAGCAGAAGAUGACCAGACGGGAAGCCAGCCUUAUUCUCGGGAUCAGUCCGACCAGCACCAAGACCAAGGUACGGGAAGCCCACAGAAGGAUCAUGGUCCUAAAUCAUCCAGAUAAAGGUGGAUCCCCGUAUUUGGCAGCAAAGAUCAAUGAAGCAAAAGAUCUUCUUGACUCUGGCCCUCGGCGCUGACCCAGCUUGCCCGAUCUACCCCAACAGAGAGUUACAUCUACUUCAGAGCCGCCAACUCACCCACGAGCCUCCACAAGUCAUUGUUCUCCUCCGUGUUUUUCUGCCAUAAAUCAGCCAGCUCUUAGCAUACUCCUCUCCAUUCCAUCCCUCACUGUUCCCCACCACCGCUUUAAUACAAGUCGGCAUAGUUGGAUUCUUCACGUUAAAGGAUCUUCACGCUGUCCUUGCGAAAUAUCUCACGGCAGCCUUUAUUAUUUAUCGAGGUGACUUGUGUAAUGUUCAACGUCUCCUGAAAACGGCGGAUGUGUCAUUUCCGGUGGUCUGAAAGGCCUAAAGUGCGUAGGUGUUAAGUUAUUUUAGCAUGCUGAAUAAACCGUUUUACAAAUGGA